AAUUGGUCGACAGAGCCGUGCUCCGCCACUGAUUGGCUGUACCUUGUUUCCGGGGGUUCGCUGUACACUCACUGACGUCUGCCCCGAGACAGAUUGGAGAGAAUGGCUGCCAGUGGAGAGGUAGGGAAGCUGUUACAAGUACAAAAUGGAAUACCUCCCAGCACCAACUACAACGGGGUUGAUGCCGUUCAUGCCUGUAACAUCCUUCAGCAACUAAAAGCCUUGUAUGAUGAAGCACAGCUCACAGAUAUUGUUGUUGAAGUGGACCAUGGCAAGACUUUCUCAUGUCACCGAAAUGUCCUUGCAGCAAUCAGUCCAUAUUUUAGUUCCAACAUUCUUAUUGUCCCCACCAUCACUUCCAGGUCCAUGUUCACCAGUGGCCUUACAGAAAGCAGUCAGCGUGAGGUCCGAAUUGUUGGGGUGGAAUCUGAAUCCAUGCACCUCGUCUUAGACUAUGCCUACACAUCCAGGGUCACGCUUUCUGAGUCCAAUGUCCAGGCCCUGUUCACUGCAGCCAGCAUUUUUCAGAUUCCUGCCCUGCAGGACCAGUGUGCCCAGUUCAUGAUCAGCCGGCUUGACCCCCAAAAUUGUAUUGGGGUCUACAUGUUUGCUGAUGCCUAUGGGCACCAGGAGCUUAAAGAACGCUCACAGGACUACAUCCGCAAGAAGUUCUUGUGUGUGUCACGGGAGCAAGAGUUCCUCCAGAUGACGAAGGAACAACUGGUCAGCAUUUUGAACAAUGAUGACCUCAAUGUGGAGAAGGAAGAGCAUGUUUAUGAGAGUAUUGUUCGCUGGCUGGAGCAUGAUCUCCCUGGCCGCGAGGCUCACCUAGAAGAGGUUUUUUCCAAGUGCAUCAGGCUGCCCUUGCUGGAUGAGGCCUUCCUCAGUCGAAUACCAGCCCCAUUUGCUUGUGCCCUCUCCCUGUCUAAGGACCCUGCUGAGGCCAAAGCCCGCAUCACUGGCACCAAUGGCUGCCCCCAGCGCUUAGGUAUGACUGCUUCAGAGAUGGUCAUCUGUUUUGAUGCUGCUCACAAACACUCAGGGAAGAAGCAGACUGUGCCUUGCCUGGACACAGCCACCGGAAGGGUAUUCAAGCUUUGUAAACCGCCCAAUGAUCUCCGGGAAGUCGGUAUUCUGGUGUCCUCAGAGAGUGACAUUUACAUCGCUGGGGGCUACCGACCUAGCAACAGUGAGGUGUCUAUAGAUCAUCGGGCAGAAAGUGAUUUCUGGCAGUAUGAGCAUGCAGGUAAUCGAUGGCUUCCACGUGCACCUCUUCUGAGAGCGAGGAUUGGCUGCAAACUUGUGCAGUGCUGUGGCAAGCUCUAUGCACUGGGAGGUCGUGUUUAUGAGGGUGAUGGGAGAAAUGCACUGAAGUCAGUAGAGUGCUAUGAUGCAAGAGACAAUUGCUGGACAGCGGUCAGUCCCAUGCCUAUGGCCAUGGAGUUUCACAGCGCAGUGGAGUACAGAGAUCGCAUUUAUGUCCUCCAAGGUGAAUAUUUCUUCUGUUUUGAUCCCCGUAAGGACUACUGGAGUCAUCUUGCCCCGAUGAGUGUCCCUCGCAGCCAAGGUCUUGCUGCCCUCUAUAAGAACUGCAUUUACUACAUUGCUGGAAUCUGCAAAAAUCACCAGCGCACCUUCAUUGUCGAGGUCUAUGACAUUGAGAAGAACACUUGGAGUCGUAAGCGAGAUCUGCCCUUUGACCAAGCCACAAGCCCCUACAUUAAGGCCAUGCUGCUGCAAAGCAAGCUGCACCUGUUUGUACGAGCCACACAGGUCAUGGUGGAAGAGCAUGUGUUUCGCACCAGCCGAAAAAACUCCCUAUAUCAGUGCGAUGACGAGGAGGAUGUAUGGACCAAAGUCUAUGAGACACCUGACCGACUCUGGGAUUUGGGUCGCCAUUUUGAAUGUGUGGUGGCCAAACUUUACCCACAGUGUCUACAGAAAGUGCUUUGAAAGUGCUAGAUAUGUGAACUCUUUCUAGGGGGCGAAGGGAUUAGUGGUGUGUGUUUGUGUGUGUCUGCUUUGUGCCUGGUGUUCCUUUGGAUUUGCACCACAAGGACCAUUUUUGGUUAAAGUCUUAAGUUUUAAACUCUGGUUUAACAUGAUCAAAGUGUGGGUGCUUUUAAAGAUUGCAGUAUUCCCCCCUCCCCCAAGACAGCACCACCUAUCCACACUGAUGCUCAUUUAUCAGAACAGUAUAACAAAUCAUAAGUGCAAUUAUAUAUAUAUUUUUAAAAUUUUUGCCUGUUGUUGAGCCAUGUUAUACUUUUUGUUUUAGAUGAAUACAUAGGUGAGGACUUUUGCAAAUAAGCAUGUAGUUAAAGGGUAUAAGCAAAAGCAAAUGCCCUCAAUAUAUGGAUUCUACAUGUUGGCAUCAAGUGUGUUUAUAUACAAAUGUUCAAACGGGUAAGAUGAGUAGCAUACCGUAUUUCCUUGAUUAAAAGCUUGCGUGUUUAUUUUUUUUUUUUUUUCAAACCACGCUCAGAUCCGGCACCUAAAUGAGGCAGGCCUUUAUUCGAGGCCAGCAGUUAUUAACGAAGUGCUAAUUGCUGCCUGCACUGUAAGAUUGUUACGUUUCACACAUAUCCCUGGGUGUGGCAAACCAAAGACAACCGCUUUCUAUCAGAGUCCUGUGUGUGGCUUGAACCCUCCCUGUGGCCUGACGUGCACCUGCUUUAAUGACAGAGACUGCAAAGGCUGUGAUUGGUCACUUACAUUUUCACUCCUUCCUGUUCUGUCAUGAUAAAAGUUUUUGCAGUGCGCACACCAAUUAUAUUUCGAUCAUGGAUCAGAUACGUUUGACAGAAAAGUCUGCAAAUAUGACCAACUUUAAAACACGGAGUCUGAAAAAUAAGCUCAAUUGACCCGCAAUUCAUGGAGGGAAGCUGCACGUACCAUUGGUUUGGAGGUUGAUGAUUGUAUAAAGAGGUGGAGCUCAUUGAGGGACAAAUUGAUCCAACAAAAAGCCACUGUUCCUGCUGUAAAUUACAAUAACAUGCCCACCAAUGGGUUAGACGCACGUUGAUGUCUUUGCAUGGCCAAGGAGUUGUAGAAGCAUAAAUCAGGCUUUGGGAUUUUAAGGUACCACUCCACAGUGGACUUACAGAAAAUAGUGACUUGACCAAAUGUAAUCUUUUUAAUGCACAUAAUUCCGGCGUUUAUUUAAGGCAGGCGUUUAUUUUUUUCAGAUGAAGUUUUGACCCGGUUAUUAAAUGAGGUUGGCCCUGAUUGAAGGUCGGGCAUUUACUCAAGGAAACACGGUAGCUCAUGCAUUGUUGGCUCUGAUGUUUCUGUUGUGUGUUCACGUUACUCCACAUCAUAUUCUAUAGAUGAGUGUGAAUUUGAUGACCUUGGUGUUUCUGAAGCUUGCGUAAUGCAUUUGUGGGCCUCUCUUCUUUGCCAAUUGUUAGUGUGUCAAAUAUUACACUGUCUGGCUUCUGAGCUAUGUUCAGAGUUUAGGCUUGUUUUGAGAUUCCACUUGCAUGGGUGCUCAUGCUUCGUACUCUUGAGUUGGCUUCCAUUUUGUGUCACAUGCAAUGACAACUUAAUUGAAAUGUUAGAAUAGUCACUCUCCACAUUGGAGAAAUAGUGACAGUGUUGCCAUAUCCUGACUAAGUGGAAGGUUCAGACUAUCAGUUUUACCUCAUUAACUGCAGACGUUUGAUUGCGAGGAAAGGGACAUUUCAGGUGAUUGUGUUGAUAGGGAUUGGCUCAUUGUUGAGCUCAGUUUAGGGUCACUUUUCAACAUCUGAUUAGAAUAACUGGGCACUGGUUGGAUGCCAAAAAUAAACUGAGGUUAUGUUAUAGGUGAGUGAGGCAUUGAAAUAAAAAGAUGCAAUGGUAGCAAUAACUCAUGGAACUGUGACUAGACUAUAUUAAAUUAUUUUACCUUCAUAAAUGUGCAUUUAUUAUGCAUGCUUGUAUCUGCUAGUUCAAAUCACAGAUUUCAGUAACUAUUAUUUGGCUGCAUGGGUGCAGGUUUGAAAUGAUCUGUAAUUUAGUGCAUUUGAGAUGCCAAUGUGCCUGUAGUGAAACGGCAUCAGAAUCGAAUACUGCUUAUCCUCAUGAGACAUAAUCUGUCCAGUCUUACUUAUCAUUGCACUGAAUCACUCUCUACUUCAAUGGCCCUUAACUGCAAACUUUACAAAGCACCCUUCCAGGAAAAACCAAACCCGACAGGUGAAGGUGCCCCUGGUUGUUCGAUAAUGAAUCUAACAGCCGUGUAUCCGUCUUUACAUGCCAUCAACGCUGAGGACAAAAAUUGUUGGUGCUGCUUUUUUGACAAUCUUGUAAAGAAGAAAACGCUGCCGCAGGCAAGCUUCUCUGUCAGCAUAUUAUUUUCAGUGCUGUCAUACCCCCCCUCCAUGCAGGUUCCUGUGUCAUCUUUGCACUACACCUUUUUGUUUGAUCCAAACAGCGGCCCUGUCCUAUACAAAGGGUUUUGGUAACCAUAUAACAGUCAUUACAGGGAGGGUAAUGACAGAGGAGUCCUAUUAAGUAUGGAUUUGCAGGCAUAACUUCUCUGAGAGAAGAUCUACAGCUAACAGAUUUUUAAUUAACCUUGCUUGAACCAUUCUCUCAGGACAUCCCUUGUUAGGGUCUGAGAGAGUUUGAGCUUCAUCCGUAUGUACAGAUGGCCAUUUGACAACCACGAAUGGAGAACUCUCAGGAUUUCUACUGAUACACAGUACUGUAUUUAAAUGUUUUGGUUAUGUGUAAUAUACUGUACUAUAUGUUUGCUGUACUUGCACAGUUUUUGAACUCCUGUUUCUAUUAUAACUUGAAAAAAAUAGAUGUGAUCUUUUUGUUGUCUUCAAUGGCUUUUUUUUUUUUUGUUAUGCAUUUACCUGUUUUAGUUAGAGUAAGGAGGAAAGAAAAAGAUUACCUGCACGUGGGUUCCAUUUAAUCCCCCCCUUGUAGUAUAGUAGUAUUUCUUUAUUGUAACAUGUCACUGAAAGUGCAUUACAGAUUAAUAGUGACACCAUUACAUACACCAAUCUGGUAGUACAACAAGCUAGCAAACUGCAUUCUGUAGCUGUGUGCUGCAAUACAUGGCUCCUAUGUAUGCAUUGCUUAAGGGUGCUAUUUCAUUGUGUUCAGGCUCUCCCCCUCCCUUUUGCUGGUUUGUCUACUUUGGGUUUAGUGGUUGUUGAGCUCAACUGUGAAAUUCACAUUGCACAUAAUUUGAAAAUAAACUUGUUAAAA